GAACCCGCGCGGACAUUACCUUGACAUUAAAAUGAUCAAUCAAAGAGUAUUGCAACAGUAUAUAAGGCUAGAGAAAACCGUAACAGGCAUCAUUUGGCAAUCAUUGCCCAACAGAACCAGGAGCACAGGAAACCAUGAGAGCAAUCACUGUGGUGUGUCUGGCAGUAGCCGUGGCGGCCGUGGCGGCGCGGGACCCGCGCUACAAGAGGAACGCGGACCUCGAGGAGGCGGCUUCCCACCACUGGGAGAAGGGUGGCGGCGGCGAGCACCACGGCGACCACCACCACGAGCACGGCGGCGGCGGCGAGAAGGGCUACAAGGGCCACCACGAGCACGAACACGGCAAGAAGGGACACUCCCACCACGAGGGCCACAAGGGCCACUACGGCGAACACGGCGGCCACAAGAAGCACCACCACCACGACGACGGCCACUAUGAUGAGCACCACCACGGAGAAAAGGGAGAAAAAGGACACGGCUUCGAAGAAAAGGGACACUUCCACAAGGGACACUCCACUAAGGGCCAUCAUGGUGUACACAAAAUAGACGAGUUCAAGAAGGACAAGCACUUCCACGACAAGCACGGCGAGUCUGGCUUCGAAGAGGGCUACGGCGGUCACCACCACGAGGGCGGACACGAGAAGGGCGGCCACUUCCACAAGGGACACAAGGAGGGCGGCCACCAUGAGCACCACCACGGCAAGAAGGGCCACCACGAGGAGGGAGGACACCACCACGACCACAAGGGACACCACGACGAGGCCGGCCACCACGAGCACUGGAGACACCACGAGGGACACGGCGGCAAGGGCGGACACGAAGACCACAAAGGCUGGGACUGGAAGAAGGGGCACAAAUAAGUCACCUGUAAUUGUUUAAUUGCUCACGCAUUUGUUUUUGUUAAUGUUUUGUGAUACGGAAUGAAAUAAAUUAUUUAAACAUUUUA